AUGACGAGGGGUUUUAAGCAUGCCAUCCACCUGGAUGAUGUGGCCAAGAAGGAGAACAGCUCCACCCACCAAUUCGUCCACAGCUUCCCGUUGUCAGAGCCAGCCGGCUGGCUCAGCAGAUACAUCUACAUCCUGACUGUGUCCUGCUACAGUUUUCCUUUGGGUGCUAGUGGCAGUGACAUCGAAGACGUGGCUGUGGUUUGGUCCAAGUGCACCUUCUUCACCUUCUUCAGCACGUGGCCCGUCCUCUCGCUGAUUGUCAUCCGGUUGGCUGAGAGGCUACAACUACCAGUACAUCGAGGCUGUCCUGUCGUCUCACUCCUCCCCUGUUUGAUCCACAUGGACUCGGCCAUCUCCCACCACAACAAGCUGCAGACUGCUCACACCUCUCAGGACAACGACCCCAAACACACAGCCAAAGUCAUUAGGAACUAUCUUCAGUGUAAAGAAGAACAAGAAGUACUGGAAGUGAUGGUACGGCCCCCACAGAGCUCUGAUCUUAACAUCAUCGAAUGUGUCUGGGAUUACAUGAAGAGACAGAAGGGGUUGAGGAAGCCUGUAUCCACAGAAAAUCUGUGUUUAAGGACCCGCUGCCUUGAUCUUCUGGGCUUCCAGCAGUUUAUGGAAGACAGUGAAAUGACCUCUGACCUGAUGGACGAGGGAAAGGAGCUGAACCGCCAGGAAAGUCAUCUGCUGGGAGAAGAAACAACAGUGAAACGGGAAGUACAAAGAAGCUGCUCAUCACUGGAUAUUCUGCUUAAGAUUGAAGAUUGAACAUCUGCCUCCCAGCAGCUCCAACCACAUCAUCAGGUUCGCUCAUCAGCAACGACGACGAGUCGGCGUACAGAGAUGAGUUUGAGCAGCUGGCGUUCUGGUGCAGCGAGACCACCAACACCACCUCCAUCACCAAAAUAGCCUAGCAGCGCCUCCACUUCCUGAGACGCCUGAAGCGGGCCAGCCUUCCUCUUCCCAUCCUCACCGUGUUCUACAGGAGCACCAUAGAGAGUGUUCUGACCAGCUGCAUCUC